AUGCCACCAAAACGUAAAGCCAGUAUCCCAUCCAAUGCAGCAUCUGCAAGAAAUUACACCGAUGUAUCCGGCGAUGCACCCAACAAGCGCUCGCGCAUCGCUAAACCCCUUCCGAAAGCCUUCGCAGACAGCGCGCCACCGAUAGAUUCGAUAGCGAGAAACGCGGAGAAUGGAGCGCCUGGAGAGGCAGCAAAGAAAGAAGAAGAAGAAGAACAAGAAGAAGGUGAAGGCGGAUUUGAUCAUUCGCGGCCAGAAGAGCGAGCAGGGAUAGUUGACAGACGAUACUACCCUGCUGAGAUGAGCAAUGAGCGAUGCGCCCUGUACAAUGCAAACGAGAUACCGCGGCCCAUCGAAAUACUGGCAAAGACGCUAGAGAGCACAAAAGAUAGGCGCACGGCUAUCCGGGAAGCAAACAAGGCGCAAUUUGGUGACGCCGUCGUGCACUGGUUCAAGAGGGAUUUGCGGAUACGGGACAAUACAGGCUUGUCGCAGGCUGCCCAGUUGGCCAAAGCAAAGGGUGUGGGUGUGAUAGGUGUCUGGUUCAUGAGCCCACAAGACUGGGAAGCUCAUCUGGUCAGCCCACCCAAGUGUGAUUUUGAACUGCGUUCGGUCGAGUCCCUGAAAAAGGAGCUCGAAGAAUUCGACAUUCCGCUACAUAUUGAGACAAUUGCGGAGAGGAAGAACGUGACAAAGCGACUAGUGGAGCUGGCUGAGAGCUGGAAUGCAAGCAACGUAUUCUGCAACCUGGAAUAUGAACCCGACGAGCUGCGGCGAGAAGAGCGUUUAGUACGUAAGAUGCUGGAGAAAGGUAUCAACUUCGACCCACAACACGAUGAUUGUGUCGUGCCGCCCGGAAGUCUCAAGACGGGAGGUGGGAAACAAUACGCCGUGUACAGCCCCUGGUAUCGGGCAUGGAUUGCGUAUCUACACGCGCACCCGCAUCUCUUGAAUGAGCGACCGAUACCUGAACGUAAUUCUCCAGAUUUCCGCCAAAAGUUCACCCAGCUCUUUGACUCGAAAGUCCCCGACCUCCCAGAUUGCAAGCCGUUGACACAAGAAGAAAAAGAACGCUUCCACCACCUGUGGCCCGCAGGCGAGGCCGCCGCCAUUGACCGCCUCGAACGCUUUCUAAUCGAAAAGAUUGGCAGAUACAAGGAUACCCGUAACUUCCCAGCUAAGAACAGCACUGGACGCGUGAGCGUACAUCACGCCGCUGGCACGCUAGCAGCCCGAACCAGUGUACGUAUGGCAAGAGAUGUCAAUAGCGCGAAAAAGCUCGAUGGUGGGAAGGAUGGUGUCAAAGGUUGGAUUGGUGAAGUUGCAUGGCGUGAUUUCUAUCGACAUGUGCUUGUACACUGGCCAUAUGUCUGCAUGAACAAGCCUUUCAAGUUCGAAUACACAAACAUUGACUGGGAAUACAACGACGCCCACUUCCAGGCUUGGACUCAAGGCCGUACAGGCUACCCAAUCGUUGACGCAGCAAUGCGUUGCCUGAAUCACACCGGCUACAUGCACAAUCGCCUUCGCAUGAUCGCAGCUUCUUUCCUUGCAAAACACCUCCUGCUGGACUGGCGUCUUGGUGAACAAUACUUCCUCACACAUCUCGUUGAUGGCGACUUUUCGUCGAACAAUGGCGGCUGGGGCUUCAGUGCUUCAACUGGCGUAGAUCCCCAACCAUACUUUCGAAUCUUCAACCCAUGGACGCAGUCCGAGAGGUUUGACGAGGAGGGAGAGUUCAUCAAAUUGUGGGUUCCAGAGCUUGAAGAGAUAGAGGGGCCGGCCAUACAUAACCCUUAUGGUGCGGGUGGAAAGGCAGCACAAACUGCAAAGGCAAAAGGCUACCCUGAGCCAUGUGAUGAGGAGCGACCCAAAUGUAGCUCAUGCAAGAAGAAAGACCGACCGUGCACCUAUUCCUACGGAAAAGCUUUGGCGUUUGUGGUGCAAGACCCAAACCAGCUGACCAAACAUGGAAAAUCAAGAACCACACCCAUCACAUAUUCGCUGGCUCCUUCUGAUGAAGAGUUCACCUCGCCUUCAACAACGCCUCCAAAUCUGUGUAUUACAACAGAAAGGCGCGCCGAGGAUGGACAAGGUUACUUCCAGACCCUGGCGCCACGCUCGAAGUAUAGAAGCCAUCUGUCAAAAAAGAAAAUCAACAAACAGCAACGUGCACUUGAGGCUUACCUCUGGAAACUAAGCGAAGAGAACACACUCGUAGCUCACCAGCCAUCCUCUCCUGAGACCACGUUGAUCGCCCGAUAUGUUGGCAUGUUAGGACCGGACCCUAUAGGAAGGCAACCUUUUGAGAUACUGGGAACCUGGAUACAGUCGAUACCUUCGCGCAUCGGAUCGAACAAGAUGCUAGACCUUGCUGUUGAGUUUCUAGUCGACAGCUAUGGGACGUUUCGAGAUGAUACACACUCAAGGCGCAAGGUCGCUAAAGCGUCGAAAGCCAAAGCACUGAAGGAACUGCAGCUCAUUGUAAUGAGCACUAACGCUAACACAACGUACGAUGUCUUGUUAGCAACGAAACUGCACUACGCUGCGGAAGCUCUUUUGGGGCUGGAUACUAUGUACCACGCCAUACAUGCAUUUGGCCUCGCCGAACUGCUGAGGUCAGGAUCUGUGUCGGAUGUUGAUGACGAGCAUUUCUGGGAUCUGAUCGAUAACACUUAUAUUGAUGACGUAAACGAGGCGAUAUUGGCAGGCCGAACGUCAGUAUACCAUAACGAAUUCUAUCUAUCAGCGACAUACCCUCCACCGAUCGAUUCAGACGUGAUAAUACUGUCAUCAUCGCAAAGAGCAUCGAUGGCCAUCAUGCACGUCUUCAUUCAGUGCCCCUACGCAGUGUCCUUAGUUCGGCACGCUAUCUCGAACCCUGACGACGCCAAUGCCCUUGCGACCGCCAUGUCGCACAUGGAGCGUCUGAUACAAAUCGAUCUCUCGCAACACGUAUCUGAACUGAUGCAAACAUCAGUCUCUGCGGUACCCAUACCGCCAUCACCAGAUGUUGCUGACCUAAUGCCGGAUACGCUAGAAUUCAGUUCCGUGCGAAGUAUGAUCCUCUGCACAAGAUACUGGAUGUUGCAGACAGUGCUUUGCGGUCUUGCGGACACGCUGUAUCGACACUUCCCCAUCGAAGCAGAGUUAUCGCUGCUUCCAUCACCUCAGCAACUACGAAUCAUUGAUGUCGACAGCGCAAUACAUAUUGCAAAGUCCUUGAGAUGGGCCGCUUCUGUUUCUCAAGAUUUACCGCUUGUAACACUACGCUUGCACACGCCGCUUCAGAUGACGAUUGGUCCAUGGCACCGUACAAUACGAGGAAUAUCUACUCAGCGAUCACGAUCCAGCUCGCCAGACAUCCACCCCGAGAUUUCGAAGGAAUUAUCACGUGCAGAACGUAUGAAGGCCUGGGUCAUAAGUCAAUGUAACUUGAUACACAUCCAGUGGGAUGUCUCUGUCGUCGAUGAACAACCCCUUCUGGAAGCCCUCGAUACUAUGGCUGGAGAAAAGAUCCCGGAUUGGCUUCCUGUACGCGUGCGUUUCGAAGCCGAAGACGGUGAAAUGGUCAUGAAGUUGGAUUACGAAAACAAAACAGGAAGCUACACAGAAAAGAUCGAUGUCAACACCGAGCCUCCGCCUAAAACGCGAAUGCCUCAUCCGGGAGCUACGGGUCAAGAAUGGCAAAGAAAAUAUCUAGGCGUACAAGAGUUGCCUCUUAGGGUCAGUGAGAAUGAAGGCACGAGACAUAACGUAACCUUUGACAACAGGCAUAAAAAUGCGUGCUUGGCUCCGAGUUGGAAUACUAGACCUGUGGACUUCAUUCACGGCACCGGAAGGAACUUAUGCUCGACUUCUGGGUGGUGGCCUGAGACACCGAGAACCUCGACAGUGUUGCUGGACAGCACGCACAAAGCCUCAGCUUUUUCGCGCAUGCCACGCCAUUCACAUGUGGAUGUCGAGAGUACAUCCAGAGAGAUAGACGGUCAUCCUUGCUUGGCUUCGAGUUGGUGGCCGCAAACACCUAAUCAGUCAUACAAUAGCUAG